AAUGAUUCUCAUCAGCUGAAGCCAGAGCUGGCUGCAGGGGACACCCUGCUCGCUGCCUACUGACUGCUGACUGCUGACUGCCUACAGGGACACCACGCAACUCUCAGCUUCCCGACAGAGGUGUUAAUCUUGAGGGUCUAAGAUUCUCUCCUGCCUAUUGUGGUCCCAUCCUCUCAGGAUGAUCCCCAAGGAGCAGAAGGGUCCAGUGAUGGCUGCCAUGGGGGACCUCACUGAACCAGUCCCUACACUGGACCUGGGCAAGAAGCUGAGCGUGCCCCAGGACCUGAUGAUGGAGGAGCUGUCACUACGCAACAACAGAGGGUCCCUCCUCUUCCAGAAAAGGCAGCGCCGUGUGCAGAAGUUCACUUUCGAGUUAGCAGCCAGCCAGCGGGCGAUGCUGGCCGGAAGCGCCAGGAGGAAGAUGACUGGAACAGCGGAGUCGGCGACGAUUGCCAAUGCCAAUGGCCCUGAGGGGCAGAACUACCGCUCGGAGCUCCACAUCUUCCCGGCCUCACCCGGGGCCUCACUCGGGGGUCCCGAGGGCGCCCACCCUGCGGCCGCCCCUGCUGGGUGCGUCCCCAGCCCCAGCGCCCUGGCGCCAGGCUAUGCGGAGCCGCUGAAGGGCGUCCCGCCAGAGAAGUUCAACCACACCGCCAUCCCCAAGGGCUACCGCUGCCCCUGGCAGGAAUUCGUCAGCUACCGGGACUACCAGAGCGAUGGCCGAAGUCACAUCCCCAGCCCGAACGACUACCGAAAUUUCAACAAGACCCCAGUGCCAUUUGGAGGACCCCUUGUGGGGGGCACUUUUCCCAGGCCAGGCACCCCCUUCAUCCCGGAGCCCCUCAGUGGCUUGGAACUCCUCCGUCUCAGACCCAGCUUCAACAGAGUGGCCCAGGGCUGGGUCCGUAACCUCCCAGAGUCCGAGGAGCUGUAGCCCUAGCCUGAAUCUUCAGUUCCCCAGUCUUGGGGGCCUGGUAACAUCCGGAGCCAAGACUUGUGGACAGCACUUCACAGUUUAAGAAGGGCCUUCACACACAAAACCUGAUUGCAAAUGGCUUCGGAGGUCACAAAGUUCAGUAGUCCCAAAACAUGGGUGUGCUUCAAAAUUACCUGGGGAUAUUGUUCCGAAUACAGAUGACUGGACUGUCCCAGACUUGCAGCAUCAGAGUCUCCUGAGUCGAGGAAUCUGUAUUAUUAAUAGCAAUCAGGACCGGGUGUAGUGGCUCACGCCUGUAAUCCCAGCACUUUGGGAGGCCGAGGCGGGAGGAUCACCUGAGGUCAGGAGUUUGAGACCAGCCUGGCCAAAAUACCAGAACCCCCGUCUCUACUAAAAAUACAAAAAUUAGCCGGACAUGGUGGUGCAUGCCUGUAAUCCCAGCUACUUGGGAGGCUGAGACAGGAGAAUCACUUGAACUAGGAGGCAGAGGUUGCAGUGAGCCGCUGGACAACAGAGUGAGACUCCUUCUCAAAAAUAAAUAAAUAAAUAAAUAAAUAGCAACCAGUACUCCAGGUGAUUCCAGCAUAACUUAUCCAUGGUUUGUAUCAUUAGGAGUCCACAUCCACACCUCUGCUCUUUCCUGUUCCCGCAGUGUACACUCCCCCAGUGACAGUGUGCUCACUGGCACCCCAUCUUCCUGUGAAUAACUCAAAUAAUUAGAAAAUGUUCCUUUUACUGAGAUGCAGUUGGUCUUCAUCUAUUCAUGCUCUAAACACUUCCUAAGCACUGACUGUGUGCUAGACAUUGUGCCAGGCCCGGGCCUCAAGGAGGAAAAGACAGUAGGGAAGACAGACUUAUAGAGCAUGAAAUCACCAUAAUUUUCCCUAAAGCAUGCUUAUUGACAAUUGAGGAACAAAAUGUUGUGGAGCAGAGGAAAGAGUCACUCACCCUGUGAGGUGGGAUUCCGGAAGCUUCCUGGAGGAUUUGAGUGGGACCUUGGGGGAGGUGUGAGAGUCCAUGAAGAGAAGGAGGUGUGACGGGGAGGGUAUCCCUGGAAAGUGGACCAGCAUGUGCAAAAAUAUGGAACUGAGCAUGGGUGCAGAAUGUUCUGCAGAAGGGAGAAGGCUGUGCUAGAGGAGCCGGUGAGGGCCAGCGUGGGGUGAGCUUCACUAAGGAAAUGGGGAAGGUUUUAGUGAUGGGUCUUGCUGGGUGCUGUGUGGGGCGCAUAUUGGAGAAGGGUAAUGCCAGAAGCCAGGAAUCCUGCAAGGGAUGAGGCCAUGGGAAUGGAGAGAAGGGGCCGCCCACUGGGCACCUUACAGGACAGGUGCAAAGUGGGGUGCUUAUUAAGAUUCCUUCUUUCCACUGUCCAUUUUGAGCAGGCUGCUUAAAGUGGUGGUGAUGAUGAUGAUGGCAGCUUUAUAUGGAGUGCCUCAGUGCUUGGGCUGGUAGUAGGUUCUCUACAUAUCUUAUUUCUAAUUCUCAGAACAACCCUGAGAAAAAGAUAUUGUUGUCCCCAUUUUACAGAUGUGGGUAUUUAGGCUCAAAAGGAGGAAGUGACUUGUCCAGGGGCAGAGACCAAAUGGGAAUCUGAUUCCAGUGGAUGUCUCUUUGCAUUGCACUGGGUGGUCAAUGCCCAUUCGCUCUGAAAUCAUCUGAUUGUGGUGCCCUGCCUUGGAGUUCAGAAGUUGAGUGCAGGCUUGGGAAUCAGACUGGAUGGGAUAGGUUCUAACUCUGCCACUGCUAGCUGGGUGAACUUGAGCAAGUCAUUUCACAUCUCUGAGCCUCUAUUUCUCCAUGUGUAAGAUGAGGACAAGUAUAAAAGCUCCUUUAUGGGUUUGUUGUGAACACAGUGCAGGGCACAUUUAUAAUAAAAGCUCAGUCAAUGGUAGGUUUCAUGCAACUGCUGCUCUAGGCUGGAAAAGUUGUUCUUGCACUGGAUGCAGCAUGAGAAGCUGGCUGCUAAGAUGUCACUGGGGGUCAGUAAAGCUGAAGCCUGAAGGAAGGCCUCUCAUUGCUGUAGACCUCUCCCUGCCUCUCUCUGUGGGGGCGAUGGGGAAGGUCAGGAGUCCAGCCCAUUCCCAGGGUGUGUGGGACAGUGAUUGCAUUUUCCUUUUGCUUUGGAGUUUCACUACCCUUCUGGGUCCCAAGGGCCCAAUGGCCUGACUUUUAGAAUUGCUUACAAUUGGUGUUUUCUCUUGAAUUUGGGGGCUGCCAUUUAAACCCAGGUUUCCAUGAGCUGAAGACCAGCCAUUCAAGAGUCUGAAAAGUAGACAAGAGGACUCUGAUUGCCUUGGGUUGGUUCUGCUGUGCUCUGGAAGGUAACUGCAGCCACUGGGUAUGAAAAGGAGCCUGGUGGGGAGACCACUGCACCCAAAACAAAUCCUUUCUUCUUCUGAGAAUGUGACUUUUUCUGGUGUUGUAAAAAAGAAAAAAAAAAAGAAUACUCAUUGUAAAAAUAAAAAAAUAAUGAUAAUAA